UCACGGUUAGUCCAUCCCACAACGAGUUGAAAGGUCGAUUGAGUUAACUUUAAGAUGGCUGCUGAACCGACUAGGGAAUGGAGCGAUGAGCAGCUCAAAAGUGAUGAUCUCCCCAAAAAAGACAUUAUUAAAUUCUUACAGGACAAUUCCGCAAAUUCGUUUCUUUCAGAACAUAAACUAAUGGGCAACAUAAAAAAUGUUGCAAAAACCGCGAAAAAGGAGCAGUUGAUCACAGCAUACAAUCAGCUUUUCGAGAGCAAGAAGUUCAAAGGCACUGAUCCUGUUGAGGAUCUCACAGAACAGGUCAAAGAUGUGAAGGUUGACGAAAAACCAAAAGAAGCCAAAGUGGUUCCAGUUGAUGAGGGUCCUCCAAGAUACACCAAAUCAGUGCUGAAGAAAGGAGACAAGGCCAACUUUCCUAAAAAGGGUGACACCGUGAGCUGUUGGUACACAGGGUCACUGGAAGAUGGCACAGUCUUCGACACCAACAUCCCCUUAACUGCUAGGAAGAAGAAGCAGACCAAGCCACUGUCCUUCAAAGUUGGGCUGGGGAGAGUUAUAAGAGGGUGGGAUGAAGCUCUUCUGACGAUGAGCAAGGGAGAGACAUCAAGGCUGGAGAUCGAGCCAGAGUGGGCAUAUGGAAGGAAAGGCCAGCCAGACUCCAAAAUUCCGCCGAAUGCGAAGCUAAUUUUUGAGGUUGAACUGGUGGCCAUUGAAUGAGACGCAUGCAGCCCUGGAACAGAAGCAAGCCAUCCCCGUGAAACUGUUUCUUUAACACAGUAACACUGUACAUGCUUUGCACUUUGAUCUCAACGUUUGAAUUUCUGAAUUGAGAUGAAACGAAGUUACUUUUCUCUUUGCUUAUAUUUUCCCAAUAAAUCGCACAUUUGUUGUAAAGCCAAAUAAAUAAGUUUUGCAGACAA